CUUUUAUCCGUGAAACAAUCCAGACUCCAAAGCCACAGACCCUCUUCAUCCAUUAAACCCUUUCAUAUCUUCCAAAAUUCGUAAUUCUAUUUUUAUCAGUAAUUCAAGAAAACAGCAAAUCCAUGGCAGUCAUAUUUUCUUCUUCAAACAUGAUUGUCCAGAUCAGAAAUCAUUCAUCAGCAUCUCCGCCAUCGGUAAAAGCUUUUGCUUCUUCAAAAGGGGGUUUCGUAAACCCUAUCAACUUCAAGAUUCCUUCAAAUUUCACGCAUAACCCAUCUUCUUUCGCAAUCAAAGCCUACCAGGAUGAACCGAAACUCGAACCCAAAAGAAGCAUAUCGACACCAACAAAGCCUAAAGUUGCCAAUUUCAAGGAACCAGUUCUCGAAAAACAAUCCUUAACAUUUGUCGAUUCAAAGCAAUCUCCAAAAGAAAGAACAACCACACAAACAUCAUUGGACUAUCAACUAGUUCUCAAGUAUCCACUUGUUACCGAAGCCGCAAUACAAAAAAUCAUAAAAGAAAAUACUUUGGUUUUUAUGGUCGAUGUACGUGCCAACAAAAAAGAUAUUCGAAACGCGUUUGAAAACAUGCUUAAGAUCAAGACAAAGAAAAUCAACACGCUCAUCAACUAUGAUGGGACUAAAAAAGCUUUCAUACAGUUGUCGCCUGAGAAUCAGGCGACAACUGUUGCUAAGAAAAUGAAAAUCUUAGCUUAGAUUUUGAUUUUUGUUGAGGAUUUUAAUUUUGAUGUUGUAUAUAACCAAGGGAAGCAAAGAUAUGAAGAUGAAAAUGAAAAUGAGGAGCAUGUAGGUUGACAAUAUGACUUUUGUUUGGUAUUUUGUUUAAACUACCAAACUUAGUUUUGGAUCUUGAUUUUGGUUUUGUCCCUUUUGUUAAUCAUGUUGGUUGUAUUAUGUUUAAAUAUUACCUUGUUUAAUUGGUUAAGACACAAAUUAAUUACUUAUUUGCCCUUUUUUCCCUCACAACAACUCUUGCAUUUAAAUUGAUUAAGUGUUGUUAAAAACUAUAGAUAUUGUGAAAUUUGUUUUUAAGGAUGUAUAUAUAAAAUGGUC